AACAAUCUAUACAAGAGUGAAUAUUAUUUUCUUCAAAGAGAAAAGCAAGAAUUAGCUUUGUACAAUUACAUGGCGCGAAUCACUGCAGCUCUUGCUGUGAUUGCCUUGUUUGCUGUAUUUCCGAGCAUGGAGGCAACGCAGUAUAUUGUUGGUGAUGACCAGGGUUGGAAUUCUAAUGUUGAUUACUACUCUUGGAUUGCUGGCAAAACUUUUCAUGUUGGAGAUUCUUUAGUUUUCAAUUAUGCAUCUGGCGAACACAAUGUGGUUGUAGCAGCAAAUUCUGAUGUGUAUGAUAAGUGUGCUACUACUCCAAACUUGGGAGUCUGGACAAGUGGCAGUGACGUCUUUACCUUGCCCACCACAGGUACCUAUUAUUUCUUGUGUGAAUUUCAUUGCGACUACAGCGAGCAGAGGAUUAAGGUAAAAGUGAACAGUUGAUUAUAAUAAUAAGGAGGAUUAAAAGUCCCAUAUGGUGAAAAUUGUUUUCAUUGUUUGGAAGAAGGCCAUACCUGGCUUAUGGAUUUACUUAUGUAUGAUUCUCAUGUAAUUUAAUGUAUUUUAGGGUGUGUGGUGCUCUUCUCGUGCCUAGGAAAGGUUUGAUGAGGCCAGUAUAUGUACACUCGUAAUUCUUUUAUGUUUAUGGAGUGUUCUCCUAAUAAUAAUAUUAUGUUUUGUUAAAAAAAAAAAGAAAA